GAAUGAAGUUAAACAUGCCGCAGCGCUGAGUUUGCGGAGUUUGAUCGAGGAUGCGUCGGCUGGUGCACAGACGCACGCAAGCUGCUGAUCGCGUUGCUCCUCCUCGGCAGCCUUUUCGGUUCAGGAGUGUAAAGGGACUUCAACCGGAAACUAAAGUUUUUUCUUCGAACUUUUUCAGAGGUGAAAAAAAAAAAAAAAAGGAAAACGACGCGACCCUUCGUGUCAUAAACUGUCCAUUUCCUUAUUUUUCUCAUUUACGUAUGCGCUGGAAAUGUGUCAGCUGCUGACCGACAGGCAACAAGUAAAUCGUUUUUGGUGAGAAAGGGCGACGUCGAGUGAUUUGGGGCUAGUCAUCAGCCACAUAACGGAUCGCAGUCCUUUAUCAUGGAAGAUGGUGCGAAAGAAGACCCAGCCCAGCAUAACGAGCCUAAGUUCCUGAGUAAGGCUGGCUGGUUGAAGAAGGCCCCUGGCAGACUGUUGGCAAGCUAUAAAGACCGCUACAUCCAUGUGGAGAAGACAGAGAUUGUGGUAUAUGAAAAUGAGGAGCUGCAGAACUGUUUGGAGAGGCUUGACCUGGAAAACUAUGAUAAAUGUCAUGAAUUAAAGAGUCCCUUCACAAAGAAGCAAAGACUUAUACUGAUACGAUCCCCAAAGUCUGGAAAUAAGGUCCAUGAUGUGAAGUUCCAGGCUCAGACAGCAGAGGAGAAGGAGGCUUGGAUUAAAGCUCUCAGUGAUGGCAUUAAUCGAGCAAAGAACAAAGUUUUUGAUGAGGUGAAGGUUGAUCAGGGUAGUAAUUUGGAACAUGUUACUCGAUCAAGGCCCAAAGGGAACCGUAACCGGCGGCCACCAACCAGGAUACAUAUGAAAGAGGUAGCUCUUGUGUCAUCUGAUGGAAUCCUGCGUUUGGAUCUUGAUAUUGAAGAUGCCAUAAUGCCUAAUGGAGCACAUUAUGUCAAUGUUGAUGGCAGUGACACCUUAAAAGUACCUCCUUCUAAUACCGGUGAGAAACCCUUGGUGCCAAUUACAGAGGAGGAAGCUCAGCCGGACCCAGAGGUCAGUCAACAAAAAAAGGUCAUCAAACCUCCAAUGCCGCCAACAAAAGAGGCUAAACCCAGUGCAGCACUCGAGGAUGAAGCACACAAAAAUGAUGGCUCAGAGAAAAAGGCACCGAAGCCCCCAGCGUCUACAUUGAAUGAAGCAAAGCCCUGUGCCUCACCUGCUGAAGAAACUACAGAUGAGACAAAACCUGAGAAGUUGUCUGAAAUGAGUUCUGAUGCCAGUAAAAAGGCAGCUCCACCACCAAUGCCUCCCAAUAAGCCCAGCACUUGCAGUUGGACGAGUAAUCUUGCAGAUGCUUCACAGUCCAAGCCACACCCUCCUACACCUCCAUCCAAAGAGAAGAAGCCCUCACAUCCCACUGUGGAGCCAGGCCGACAGGUUGAAGGCUUGAGUAAUGAAGAUAAUGAGAAUGAAGACAGUAGUGUGAAUAAGACUUCAGAAACAACUAUGGAAAUAGAUGAGACAGUGCAGCUGAUAUCGACAGAAGCUUUACCCUGUGUCAGAGAUGAUAGCACAGAGGAAACAGUUAACAGCAACAAAAAGGUGAUGUCUGACAGUGGGCCACAAACACCCACAGAGUCACCGAGAAAGAGUCCUAGCCCUCUUGCAAAAUUCAAGAAAAAGCCUGAUGGACUUGCUGAGUCUGACAUACAGCACACAGAAAGCCACUCAGCUAUGAGUCAUCCUAAGGAGGGAGCUGACUAUACUACCUCAACCAGUUCUGUCCAGUCAGAAGACGCACUACCCAAGAGUGAAGACCCUUCAGUAAUUGUCUCGAUGAAUGAUUCAGCCACUGACAACCUUACCUCAGGUCCACUGCUUCAUCAGUUGUCCGGGGAGAAGAAAAAGAAGGAUGAGAAAUCUGUAGACAGUGGUCAGCACUCAGAUGAUGAGAGUGACGCCUCUGGGAGUCAAGACACACUGGUAGCUUCUAAUGGUGUGCCCAGGGGAAGCCGUGAUGCUCUCGAUGUGUUGGACACCAGUGACAUUCAGAGCUCGGUUAUUUCAAAGCCAGCACAGGUUAAGCCUAAGGUCUUUCACCGCGUGAAAGUAGAGCCCACCAUUCCUCUCAAGCCCACAACCAAGGUCAGGUCAGCCUCAACUGCAGAUUUGCUGUCUGACUCUGAUGCCGAUAUUCAGCUGAAAGAGUCUGGCAGACCUGGAGCUGGAAGUGCUGGGAGUCCUAACGAUGAUGUCCUUAACCUUGAGACUGAAGUGGCUUUAGAGAUGGAAAAGACGAGCAAGCUCUUGAGCAAAGUGUCCCAGGACCAGGGAGGAAGUGUUGAGGAGGGCGUACCCAGGGAUCUGCUGGCUGAGGCCAUGGAGAAACUGAAGAAGGCAGAGCACGUCCUCAGGGAGGUCAAGAAACUGAAACUUACAAAAAAUGUGAGGAAGAGCUGGUGAAUGUCAGCCAUAACAGAUUAACUUGAAAGUGACUAGCUAAACAGUGAUUGCCCAGGCAUAGUAUGGAAAACUUAAACAUGUCUUCCAAGUGUUGGAUUCCUCUAAAUAAAAUUUGCAUGAAGGUGAAGGGAAAGUAAUAUUCUGUAUACAAGGGUCAAAGGUUACAAAGAGGGUAAUUUGUACUAUUUCCCCACAGUAUGGAGGCUUGACCUGGACACUCUAUAUUGAAUUCAGGGAGGUCAACACUCCAGAGCCACCCUCUGCCCUGGACACCAAUGUUAUGUUUAUAACAGAACACGACACUAGGGUGUCACCUGUGUUCUGUUCUGUUAUGACAGUGUUAGCCUGUUUAGCUAGCUGAUAAAAUAAGACAGCUACAGGCAGCAGAAGAAAUGCUGGCCUAGUUUUAUUUUGUCUGAAAUAGAUCACUGAUUCAAAGAGUUUCUGGGUGUUAUUCUUGUUAAUGCGCUGUGGUGUGCAAGAUUGGAAUGUCUGCGUAACAUUAUUCAUUAAGGGAUCAGGGUUUAACGAACGGUCUGACAGACAAAACUCUUAUUGUUGAUGGUCUCGCUGCACUUGGAACGUUUUACUAAUAAUGACCCAUGUGGAAUUAUUUCUAAUGUAUGUUUUUCUGCAGUGGCAAGUAAUGUGCUACUGUGUAUUUUUUAAUACUGUGUUUUCUUUUGUAGAUGCAAAGUAAUGGCCUUUAUUAACUAAUGUGCAUGGAAACGUAUUUACUCUAUGCAAAAAGAAUUUCCAGGCAAAAUCACCAUCAGAAUUAUGGCUCGUGUAUAAUGGCUAAUUUUUUCUUAAUCCUGUGGGUAUGUUAGUACAUGAGACUCAUUAUACUUGCUGCCUGCAAUGAACAUACUAUCUGCAUACAGCCACACCCCCAUUUAAAUUAAUAAAUAAAUAAAAAGUGAUGCUUGGGUUGAAACAGCAGGGGUGUUGGAACUUGUUUUGCCAGAAACUGCAGCUCAAGUAAAAACAAAGUUUGAGAUCAGUGAAAAAAAAAAAAAAAACUACAACAAAGUGCGAAUGCACUGUUAUUAAAU